AUGGCUCUGCUUUCUUCUUCAGUCUCAGGCAAAAUCACUUCACUCUGUAUUUCCUCUCCAUCUCUCUUCCUCGCGAGAACUCAUGCCAAACGGUCGCCGUUCCUCGCCUCCUUGAACGCUUCUUCAUCUCCAGAAUCGACGUCGGCCCCAAAAGCCGAAACUUUCAGCGUCUCCGCCAAAGGAUCGUCUCAAAACGCGGCCUUCGCUGCGAACUCGAAUGCCCCUGAGCUUCCGUACUCUUCUGAUUUGUCAAAUCCAAACGGAAACCCCUUCGUGCGGUUCGUACAGUCUACCGAGUCCACCAUCGAGAGAGUCAUAUUUGAUUUUCGUUUUUUGGCACUUCUGGCAAUUGGGGGUUCAUUAGCUGGUUCUUUGUUGUGCUUCCUUAAUGGAUGUGUAUACAUAUUUGAUGCAUAUAAAGUAUAUUGGUCAAGCUGUGUCAAAGGAAUUCAUACAGGGAAGAUGGUUCUUCGACUGGUUGAAGCUAUUGAUGUAUAUCUUGCUGGGACUGUCAUGUUAAUAUUUGGCAUGGGCUUGUACGGAUUGUUUAUUUCAAAUGUGCCUCCCAAUGUACCCCCAUCAAUCGAUCGUGCACUCAAGGGCUCUUCCUUAUUUGGCAUGUUUGCUCUUAAGGAGAGGCCAAAGUGGAUGAAGAUCAGUUCAUUGGAUGAGCUAAAGACAAAAGUCGGACACGUUAUUGUGAUGAUCCUUCUUGUAAAGAUGUUUGAGAGGAGCAAAAUGGUAACAAUAACGACGGGUGUGGACUUGUUGAGCUAUUCCGUUUGUAUAUUCUUGUCCUCAGCUUCCUUGUACAUUCUACACAACCUGCAUAAAUCGGAAUCAGAUUAG